CAAGUAUUCUUAGGACUAGGUGUUCAAAGACUACGUAAAAAAGUAAGGAGAGCUGCAAGAAACCUGGCCCAGCAUGGCUUUCAUCCUUGCCCCUACAGACGACUGCACCCUGCCCAUGAUCGGCAUCAGCAUCAAGGAGGAUCAUGAAGAGUGGAAAGAGCAGCUGGAUUGCAUGCUACACCGGGGCGACGUGUAUGUUGAGGUGCCUAUAUCGGGUUAUCUGUCGGAAGCUGCCAUCAAGAGAAUCGGGGAACAUGCAAGAAUGAAAGGACUGAAGCGAGAGGAUUUCAUUAUCUCCACCUCGAUCACUGUCCCGGAGGAUGCUGGUGCUGCUGUGGCCCUGGUGAAGGAGUUUGUUGACCACUUUUGCACCCACAUUGACCUUCUGUACCUUGAAAACCCGGUCGGUCUUAAGGGCACAGACCCCAUGACCAUCUACAACACAGCGCCUGCCGGGACACACCCAAAGAUACGUAAAGUCACCGACAUGUUUAAGCGGAUGCGUGAAGGAUAUUUGAAGGUGACGCCGCGAAUUAUGGAGAACCUAAGGAUGCUGUGGCGUGUUCUGGAGGUGGAGCUGGUGUCCACAGGGGCAGUGCACAACCUGGGACUGCGACAUUUCUCUCAGGAACAGGUGGAAAAGCUUCUGAAGGGAGGAGUACGGCAUCGUCCCUUGGCUCUCCAGGCAGAGGUCAAUCCUUACAGGGAGCAGCGUGACCUUCGCUGCUGGUGUCAAGAAGCAAACAUACCCCUCGUGGGCAUCCAUCCCUAUGGCAGCCCUCUCCAUGUACCCAGCAAGGACAUGCCCUUUCUGUGGAAACAUCCAAAAGUUAUCAAGAUUGCAGAGAGGGUCGGCGUUGGUCCCAAGGUCAUCUUGUCCCGCCACAUCCUCCAGUCUCGCCUCCGGAUGGUUUACGAUAACACUGAGCUCUUCCUUCCCAGUUUCAUGACAGAGAAUAUUUGGCGCUUCCAGUUGACUCACGGACAGAUGAACAAACUAGGGAAACUCAGCAAACUCCCACACAAGCAUCCACUGGGGAAGUACGAGUUGCUCCGUGUAAUUGAUCCCUCCUGGCCAUUCUCCUUCCCUGAAGAGACAGUCAAAGGCGGGAUACGGGGAGAGGGAACGGAGGCAAACUAUAAGGGAGACGAGGAGGCGGAGCAUAAGAAUAUAGACGAAAUAAAACAAGCAGAAGAUUCAGGGAUGAUGAUUAAUAAGGAGCUGAAGGAAGAACGGCAUGAAAAAAAGAAAAUUCCUAAAGUAGCAGAGAGGGAAAUAGAAAUGAUAGAAGUAUAUAGAGAAGAGAUUACUACAGAGAGAGAAGGGGAAGAGAGCACGGGUAAAGAAGAGGAGACAGAAGUGGAGAAGGGGAAUACUGGUGAGGAAGUAGAUGAAGAGGAAAUGGAAAAGGAGGAGGAAGAGAGAAGUGAGCGAGUUAAGUACAUCCUGUCGGUGGGUGGUUGGGGCUUGGCAGCGGAUACAGCGAUACGGCGCCUCAGGCCAGAUUAA